CCUGACAUGGGCUCUGAGGAUCGAUUUCACUUUAGAUAAGGCUUGGACCUGGAAGAUAAAACUAAGAUCGCUUGGUACAUGAAUAAUCUUGCGGCUGAAGAACAGUUACCGCAGCUGCUGCUGCUUCUGGUUAUUGCAUGGUAAAUCUGUAUUGUAUGGUUCUAUUAGGCUAGGAAUACAACAAAAUAAAAUCAAGCCGGAUCCAUCCUCUUCUAUCCUGCUUUUACUACAGGUUAUCACGACAACCAGCUAGGAGGCAUUUUUAUCAGGAGAACAUUCUAGAAGAUGGUAGUAUGAAUGAAGACGGGAAGCAAGAUUUUGACUUUAGAUAGGGUUACAGAAGAUUGUGGAGGGCCCCCCCAUAAAACUUGGGAAUCAAGCUAGAAGUGGAGUUCAAGCCCCGGUGGAGAAGAGUGAUCCUUUCUUCCUUCCCUCACCCUUUAUCCAUUCGAGGCGGUCCGAAUGGUGGGGUCCACCCACCUUCAACUUUCUUCUCUUCGAAGUAGUUGUCUACGUAUCAAAUGUCAAUAUGCCACAUCAGCACACCCUCUUGUUUCUCUCUACUUUUAACAACUUCUCCUGGAAGGCUAUUGACUCUGUGUUCACAAUACAGAAUCUCUCCACCUUCCCCAGUAUAUAAACACACACAGUCGCUCUCUCAUCGAACCGAAUCACCCACCCCUCUUCAAGGAAAGAAAAAAUGUCACCCGUCGGUUUCUGAUUCUGCUGGCCCUUCCUUCCUCCCUUUCAAUCCCAAACCUCAUCUCAACUCAGGCGUGGCUUUCUUUCCUGUUUUAGGAAGCGGAAUGAAUAGCAAGAUCCAAUCAGUUAUGAAAAAUCCAAUAGACGGAAUGCCAUCCGCACCAGCAGUUGGAUAUAGGUUUCGUCCAACUGACGAAGAGUUAGUUAGCAAUUAUUUGAAGCCAAAAUUGCUCGGUGAUGACUUGGAAGACUUACUUAUCAUCGCAGAGAUCAAAGUCUGUAAUCAUGAACCCUGGGAUCUACCCGUUAAAUCGGAAAUAAAGUCCGAUGAUGCAGUUUGGUAUUUCUUUUGCCCUCGCGAUUUAAAGUACUCAAACAGCAGACGCUCUAACCGGAGAACGAAGGCUGGAUUCUGGAAACCAACCGGCAAAACUAUUAAAGUAAAGUCGAGGCGUAACAAGGAGGUGAUUGGUACUAAGAAGACUUUGGUUUUCUAUAGAUCAGCUAGUCCUAAAGCCGAGAGGACUGCAUGGAUUAUUCAUGAAUACGAAGUGGCCGUAUCUGAUUCAAGUUUCUCUAAUCUGGGAGAAUAUGUUCUCUGUAAAUUGAAGAAAAAACUAGAUGGGAAGACCGGUAAAGGUGUUUCUAUCUCAGGUUUUGAAGCUGAACCGAGCUGCAGUAUGGCUUUUGAUUUUGAAAAUCAUAAUCGCAGUGAGUUGACUGCGAAUUCUGCUUGUGUUGAAAGUGAAUCAAGCAACCAUCUGGCUUCUGAUUUUGAAAAUCCAAAUUCAAAUGAGCUGCCGACUAACUUAGCUCAGGAAGUGAGUGAGUUGAGCUGCUUUUCGACUACUAAUAACCAAAACCUAAAUGAGCUAAUGUCUAAUUUGGCUUAUGAUGGAAGUGGACUGCACCACUCCAUGGCUACUAAUUUUGGUAAUCCAAACUCAAAUGAGCUGAUAUCUAGUUCAUCCUAUGAUGGAAGUGGUUCACUCCACUCCAUGGCUUCAAAUUAUGAAAUUCAAUACCGAAAUGAGCUGAUUUCUAAUUCGGCUUAUGAUGGAAGUGGUGGUUUACUCCACUCCAUGACUUCAAAUUAUGAAAUCCAAUACCUAAAUGAGCGGAUAUUUAAUUCAGCUUAUAAUGGAAGUGAACAGAGCCACUCUAUGGCUUCUGAUUCUGAAAAUCAAAACCUAAUGGACACGACUUUUGUGUUCCCUGGUUACUCGCUCUCCAAACCUCCUGAACAACAGGUCCCGUCACCCUCUGAGAAUUGGUUUACAACUUCUGAUUUUGAAGAUCCAUUAUCACCUCUUCAACCUGAAGGUGAAACUGGUCCUUCCAUGGAGAUGCCUUUUCAGUUUACAAAUUGCCUACUGGCUUCAGAUUUUGAAAAUCAAAAUAUAGACAAGGAAACAGAUAUAUCAGCCCUUGAUGAAGGUAAAAGGAGUUCUCCUACAGUAAUGCCUUUGGAUUUGGAAAAUGAAAAUCCCUGGGGGAAGAUUGAUAUGCCAACCCUUGAAGGUGGUGGUUUGUGUUGCUUGAUGGCUUCACCAGGAAACAGUCCAGCAGAUGCUUCGUUUCUGCAGUUUCUACAGCUAAGCCCUAGACAAUUGGAGCUGGAAGCAUUCCUGGAGCUAGGGGACAUCCUUAACUCUCCGCCUCAGCCACCUGCAUCUACAAUCACCGAGGAAGUCCCUAAUUAUACGGGCAGUGGUUCUGUGUCUUAUUGAACACAUCUGUUAUUUCCUAUAUAUCUGCCCUAUUCAAACUGUUGUUACUAUGUGGCUAAUGUUGCCACCUUGUACCCCCAAAUCUGCUACCCAUACAACUUAUGCUGCUCUAGUUGUUCGAUUUCUUGCAUGGUAUCUGAUCUGCACAUUCACUCUCUGUAUAGUGGAUGCUACUGAGUUUGAUCAGGCCACGCAGCUCCGGGCUGUUUAAAGCCCAUGCCUUCUAAAGUUUGCGGCUAUAUCCAAACAUUAAGAGGAAGAUUUUAUUACUAGUAGUAAAAGAUGCUUGGUUUUGUCCAAGAAUCCCGAUGCAUUAGCUGCUGUCCAGUUCUGGAUUUGUUAAAUAGAAAGUACUUAGUAAUUCCUAUAUUCAGUUGCUUGGGUUGUUUUAGCUGCAUGUUACUUAGUGUGUGAAGGGGGAUUUGUAACAAGUGAAAACAGCUCGUAUGAGCUUUGUAUCUAAAUGUGUCAGCUGUGUUUCAAAGAUCAAUGAGCAAAGAGUACGUUCAAUUGAUAUA